UUUACUUUCCCAAUUUUCUAUUUGGUACCGAGAAGCAUGACUGUUACCCCCGAAAAUGAAACCUGGAUUUCGUCUUUUUUUUUUUUUCCCUCUAUGGUGAAUUUGGUUCCGAAUUGGGGAAAUCUGGUUCUUAUGCGUUGGUUGCUCUGACCUUUCAUUAGUUUGUUUGCAGAAGAAAUGGUCCAUCACUCUAGUUUUGUGGACGAGGGAGGAAUUACUAAAGCAUGUGGAUGCCCUCUUCUCCCACUAAAGAGCCAUAUAAAGGGUCCUGCACCUGCUUCAGAUCAAGGUAGAACUGAUAUUGUCGAUGAAGCAAUCACAUUCUUUCGCGCCAAUGUUUUCUUCAGAAACUUUGACAUAAAGAGCCCUGCUGAUAAGCUUCUUAUCUAUUUGACUUUCUAUAUUAAUGUGGCUCUGAAGAGGCUUGAGGGAUGCCGAACCUUGGCCGAGGGUACAAAGGCAAUCAUAAAUUUAGGCUUGGAGAAGGUCCCUGUGCCUGGAGAAUCGGGUUUUCCUUUUCCUGGCCUCUUCUCCCUUCCUCAGUCUCAGAGGGAAGGAGAGCUUUUUAGGAAUUAUUUGAAGCAGAUACGGGAAGAAACAAGUGGAAGGCUAUUGAGUGUUGCAUAUAGACCGAAUGGGACUCCAAAUAAAUGGUGGUUGGCUUUUGCUAAGAGGAAGUUUAUGAACAUUAUAGUUCCUUGAAUGGUUCAUUGUACAUCAAUCAAAAGCAACAAUAUAAGCAUUGAUAAAUUCUGUAGUGAUGAGCAAUGUGUAUUUUAAUUGGUGACAAAAUGUUCUAAACAAGAAACCAAGAAGAAAAUCAUUUGUCCUGUAAUCUGUAGAAUUAAUAAAAUUAUUUUCGGUCUUCCUUUUCCCACCCCA